AUGGUCCAGUACUUGAAUUUAUGUGGCUGUGAACAAAAAUGUCGAAGAUCCAUCAAUUUAAUGCAUUAUUCCGAGGAUGAUGAGGAUGAAUUUCUUGAUAACAGAAAACAAAAGAGGCUCAUGAUUAAUUUGAAUGAUCAAAAACCUCUGGAAGAAAUCAUUCAUAAUGAGAUUUGCAAACAUAUGGAAAUAUCGCCGUCACGAAAACGCAAACGGCGUCAACAACUUAUUCCGCGACAUGAUCAUGAAUGUCUCACGUCACCCGAAGCAUAUUAA